CUUCACUCGAAGUGAUCAUAGUUUUUCGGCCGUGAAGGCUAAUCGCAGUUUAAAGUAGCCCAUGUUCAAGGCCCAAAAGGUAAGAGGAUAGCUCAAGUCCAGCAGAGAGCAUUAGAGUUGAAGCGGUGCGUUUGAGAAAGGUUCCCACAAAGCCAAAAGCCGAAAGGGCCCUGGCCAUGGUAUCAUCACGACUAUUAGACCGAAGCUAAAAGUAACAGGGUUCAGAUAUUGAAGCAAAGCGAUAAUGGUGAGAUUAUGCAAAUCCCUUCUAAAAGAUGCAGGAACCGGGCUUAGCAAAACUCUCUCUGAGAUCCUCGUUUGCCCACUCUCCAAACAACCUUUAAGGUUUAGUGAGGAAACAGCUUCUCUUAUCAGUGAUUCUAUUGGCGUCUCUUUUCCUAUAAAAGAUGGGAUCCCAUGUUUGGUGCCAAGAGAUGGGAAGAUACUUGAUAUUGAUGAUACGAUGAAUGAUGCUGCUGCGGAUUCAGCUAGAACAAAUAAGGAAUUGGCAGGAAGUGGGGAUCCUUUCAUCUUGCUCUUUCCAUGCUGCUAACAAUCUUCUCUUUCCAUUCAAUUGCAGUGGUGUUCCUGCAGGAAAAUAUGGAAGACCAAAGCUGUUCUUCUUUGUAAACUGCUGAUAUUAAGACUUAAUUUUUCUGAUUUGCUGUUCAGGAAACACAACCUUUCAUUGCAUGUAAUGAAAAACCAUUUCAGGAAUGAUCAGGGCAAGUCUUUUUGUUUGUUUCUGAAAAUUGCACUGUUAAAUUUAUGCAUUGAAAUUCUUUGGAAUA